UCAUGGCGGCCAAAGUGGGUUCAAGGAGGUCCCCCCUGAACCUGAAGACCGUGUCGGAGCGGGCCAAGCCCGGCGGCGGCGGCGGCAAACCCCGCAAGAACUCCGAGGCGGGCGGCGCGGUCCCCCCCGCGGGCAAGGGCCGCAAGAACUCGGUGGCCGAGCUGGGGGGCGGCAGGGCCGGCCUGGCUCCCCCCAAGGACAGCCGGCUGUCCCGCGAGAGCCUGCAGGGGCUGAUCCAGGCCGCCGCGGGCAAGAGCCGCAAGAACUCCCGGACCACCGACGAGGAGCCGCACCGGGGCGCGGCCAAGAGCUCGGGCUGCAGCACCUACAUCAACAGGCUCAUCAAGGUGGACACUCAGGAGAAGAAUGGGAAGAGCAGCUACCCCAGUAGCAGCAGCAGCAGUAGCAGCAGCAGCAGCAGCAGCUCUUCCUCCGCGUCCUCAUCCCCUUCCUCCCUGGGCCCCGAACUGGACAAGGGCAAGAUUAUUAAGCAGCAAGACACGGUCAUCAUUUUAGAAGACUAUGCUGACCCGUAUGAUGCCAAACGGACAAAAGGUCAGCGGGAUGCGGAGAGGGUAGGCGAGAACGACGGCUACAUGGAACCCUAUGACGCACAGCAGAUGAUAACAGAAAUCAGACGCCGAGGAUCCAAAGAUCCCCUGGUGAAGGCCCUGCAGCUGCUCGACAGCCCCUGUGAGCCGGGGGAGCCGGGCGUGAAGCCGGAGGCGCUGGCCCGGAGACGGAGCUCCAAGGACCUGCUGGGGAAGCCGCCGCAGCUGUACGACACGCCCUACGAGCCGGCCGACGGGGGUCCCGAGCGGAAGGCGCGGCCCCCCGACGCCCACGGCCGGCUGCCGCAGGACGACGAGAGGCCGGCGGCUGAGUACGAGCAGCCCUGGGAGUGGAAGAAGGAGCAGAUCGUGCGGGCGCUGUCAGUUCAGUUUGAAGGCUCUGAGCGACCUUCCGUGAAGGAGGAGCCCGCGAGGCAGCACCACCGGCAGAAGAGCUGGACCCAAAAGAUCUUGAAGCCGGCGCUGUCUGACCACGGCGAGGGGGAGCGCGUGGACCCGGCCCUGCCGCUGGAGAAGCAGCCUUGGUAUCAUGGUGCCAUCACCCGUGCUGAGGCUGAGAGUCGGCUCCAACCCUGCAAAGAAGCUGGUUACCUGGUUCGAAAUAGUGAGUCAGGGACCAGUAGGUACUCCAUUGCACUAAAGACUAGUCAAGGAUGUGUCCACAUCAUAGUGGCUCAGACCAAAGACAACAAGUACACACUGAACCAGACCAGCGCCGUCUUCGACAGCAUCCCUGAGGUGGUACACUAUUAUUCCAAUGAGAAGUUGCCUUUCAAGGGGGCAGAACACAUGACCUUACUCUACCCCGUGCACAACAAGCUGCACUAAGGUUCAGCCGCCACAAGCCCUGGCCGGGCCUCUCACACCUGAGAGGGCAUCAGCACCCACCCAGCACCUCGGGGGCAAGGCUGGACUGCGCCACAAUAAUUGGUAGGAGGUGGGGGUCUCCAUUGAGAAGUCAAAACGUCUUUGGGCUCGAAUCCAUUUCAUGACACUUGGUCGCUGACCUGUCCCCUUUCUCCCUGCUAAGUAGUCCUACAACGAGAAAUGGCUCAUGCCAGGUGCCUCCCCUCUCUAGAGUGGGGUGUUCUAUUUGGGUAUGACCCUCAGCCAAGGUAAGUCAGGAGUCCAGGAAUAUUAAAGUUCUCCAGAAAUUGUGCUAAUUUUUACCUGGGUUACCUGGUCUCCAAACAAACCAAUAAAAGUGCACUUAGCUUUUACAUAAAAAUGAUCGGGCGGAACAGGAGA